AUGACGAAAAAAGUUACAGAACUUGGACGGCUGUUUGGUCGAGCUGAUAUUGAAAGAUGCGAUCUUUUCGCCGACUUGGGAUUUUUGGAUUGGGAGAAAUACACGGGAAAUUUUUAUAUUCUAAAUGAAAGUUCUAGAAAGGGUAGACAGAUGUACAGUUCCGUACCAUCUGGCGGACAUAAAAAAUGUGGUUUACAAGGUGCUUCGGGAUAUUUUGAUAAAAAAUUUCAAAGCAUAUUCGUUAACGAUCCUUACUCGGAGAAAUGGAAAACAAAAGGAAGACCAUCGGAACAUCCGCUUAAUGGAUCAUGGAUACCGAGUGGGCCUUCCAAAUAUCAUUCCACUCCAGGAGAUUAUUACGGAACUUUCACAAAAGCUUCAGAUAUGCCUGCCUUUAGCCCGUUAAGUAGAUCGAUUAAAAGACAAGGAAACGAAUUGAAAAAUUUUUUAACAAAUCCUGGUAAAAAAGGAAACAGCGGUUAUGUGAACAUUUGCAUUAACAAAUAUCCUCCGCAUUCGGUAAAUAAUAAAACUGAUGCGUUCACUACCGCGGAGCUUUUGCAUUCUAAAAAUUGGAAAAAUCACAAAGAAAAAUUUUUAAACGGUCCGUUCAAAGCUGGUUUUUUUCCUAGAGAUUUUGACAGUAAUCCUUACGGGGAUCCGCGCGAGGGAAAGCCAAAGCCUACUUAUAGAACCCCGACUAAAAAAGAAAGCGAUAAAAAAGGGGACAAUAUUUUUUACCCUCCUGCCGGUCCGAAAGACAUCGGAAGAUUUCCCGAAGGUUGUUUCAACAAAUUUACCUCAUGGACUCCCGAACCUUAUAAAACGCAAAGAGACGUUGAAAGAGAAUUUACAAAAAAGAAAUCUGAUCCUGAUAAUAUUUUCCGUCCGGAACCUAGAUUAAAAUCGUAUUACACAGUUUCCGUGUUUAAUUUAUGA